UACUCCAGUUGCACUCUCUGUGUGAGUGACAUCAUCCUAGCCUUCCUGUGUGGACUGGGGCUCUUUUUCCUGUUACUCCGCUACCUCGAGAAUAAUGUAUCUUCACCACCUCCCAGGAAACAUGAAAACAUCAGGAAGCAUCAAAUGGAGCCGAAGGGGAGACGCAAGAUUAACGAGAAAAAGAGAGCUGUGAAAGCCACCUGCACAAGCUCCCUGACAAGGGCGGCUUCCAUCAGCUCUCCUGUCAAGACCCCCUUGGUGAGGUGGGCAAAGCAGCGCCUGCUGCAGCCCACCAGCCCUGCAGGGAACCUGCAGAAGACGAUGUUCCUGCCGUGUGCCCAUCAGCUGCCCUGGUUCCUCUCACCCAGGGCUCUUUACCUGUGGCCUCCAACCCUGUCAACAGAACCUCAAGACCAAUCCAACUUGAAGAGAGUCACCCUUGGCACUGUGGCAAAGAGCUCACCUCCAGGUAAUUCUUUUUUGGCAUCUACCACUGCAGCCAUCUUGAGUCUUGGCCUCGCAUGCUAUCACAUUUUGUUCCUGUCCUUCUGGUGGAAGAUUACCAAGGCCUUGUUCUUCCCCACCGCAUCACAGAACAGGGGACGCUCCCAGGCCCAAAGGUCAGCAGUUUCCUUUCAUCAUGAGGACUUAAUUGGCCCUGAUCUCCAGAAGCAACAUCUUCAAAAGAGGCUCAUCAAAGAGCAAACCAAGAGGGGCCUGGCCCGCAGUAUCCACCUGUCUCCGUCUCUGGAAUUGAGCUCCUCUCAGUGCCAAUUUUUACGGACUUAUCAGGCACAGGGCAAGCAGGGACCCUGGCAGCCCUCUGCUUUUACAGGCAAAAGGAGACUGGACCGACAGAAGAUAAGGUCCAGGUGCCCUAGGAGAUCCCAUAGGAAGGGUCAAAUGCAAUUCCAACCAGGGCAGGAUUUCGGCAAGGGUCUAAGGCCACGUCUGAGGAGGAUCUCAAAAGCUUCCUCCAGGACCAGCCUCCCAGUGAAGUUUCUGCUAAGAAACUCUGAAAAGGAGUCAGAAAGAUACUUGAUGAACCCCUUGAAGAGUAACUCUGGAAACUGUUUACCCAGUAGCCCAGAGCAGAAACAUCUAGAAAAAUUCUUGAAAGCCCAUUUGAGCACAAAGUUGAGGCAGAUUAAUCAAGGUAUGACGCCUGUGAUGGUGCGUCAAUCCUGGCUUGCCGCCAACUAUGCUUCUUAUAAGCCCCACCCUCGUGAGGAAAUCAGAAAUCUAGCAUCCUCGAAGUAUUGGAAACCCUGUGUAAACUCCUCCCGUGAGCUUUCCUUCCUCAGUCCAAGCAUUCGGCAGAUGCUGGAAGCACAUGUUAUAAGGUGGCGGGUAAGGCACAGGUGGGGCUUACCCAACCAGGCCUUUGAGCCCAUAAAUCUCAAGCCGGGUGGGGCUCAACCCUUGUCCUCUCCAAGGUCCACCUUUUCCCCCUCUGCCACCUGUCAAUCUAGAGCACACUCAAAACCCAACUUGGCUAAUAAGCUCUCUGGAAAACCUCAGCCCCAUCAGGGAAUGAAAGUGAUAACAAAAGCAACAGUUCCCACCCUGGUGAGUCCCCUCCCUGUUCCCUCACCUGAGCAUACAGAAAUCCAGAGGGCCCUGGGACAGACUUCACCUGGUGACAGGUAUGGGCCCUCAGAGGCCCCUCUGAAUGGACAGGAGGGCAGACUGCCUUAUCAGAUGCCCACACCACUAGGAAAACCCUGUCACCACAAACAAAGUCACUUGCCCAACCUCCAAAGGAGCCAUGCCUUAAAAACACAGGUGGCUCAAGGCCGUGCCACUGGUGAGCUCCUUCCAGACUCUCACAGUGACAUCCUCCUUCAAGACUAUGCCAUUGGCAUGCCCCUCCAGGACUUUGCCACCAAUGUGCUCCUUCAGGACCAUCACACUGAUGUGCUCCUUUCUUCACACAUCUUGGCUUCUCACAGGUCUCUUUCUAGUUCCCAGAGGGAACAUGCUAGUGAGGACGCACCAGCUUUCCAGGUGGUGCCAUAUGACCUCAACGUCAGGGAACAGAGCAGCCGGGGGCAGCAGACAUUCAAAACACCACAACUUCAGGACCCAUUUAAAGGCCAGAGGGAGAUGUCGGCCCCAACUGAGGAGUGGAGGGACUUUCAGAGGCCCCAACCAAAAGAGCAUGAAGAAAUGAAGAGCCAGAGGGAGAUGCUCGCAUCAGCUGAGGAGUGGAGGGGUUUCACGAAGCCCCAACCAGGACAGCAUGAAGAAACAAAAAGCCAGAGCAACGUGCCUGCCCCAGCUGAGGAGUGGAGGUGCGUUAGGAGCCUCCAAGCAGGAGAACAUGAAGAAACGAGAAGCAACCAGGAACAACAGGAACCCAGGAAACCAAAAGUUAGGGACCCGUGGAAGGGCCAGUUUGCCUCGACUGAGGGGAGGGAGGACAAUUGGAAGCCCAAACCAGGAGAGUAUAAAGAAAGGUCUUCAGGACUAAAGGCUUCGCAAGCAAGUGGGAUGAGCCACGCUUCUCAGGUCAGGGAAAGAGGAGAGUCCCUUGGGAGCAAACACCCCCAGCUCUCACCAGGGAAGAGACAGCUUUCACCAGAAAGCCAAAAAAGGAUGAGGCAGUAUGUCAGCCACGAUAAAAAAGGCAAAGGAAUAGAAGAAUCCCUUCAAAAAGGCAAGCCUGCAUCAGCCACCGCUCACCAGCAGAAACCUGUUGGAGAGAGCAGGGCUAUUGACCCUUGUGCGACUGCAAGAGCUGUUGGACAGGUCCUAAGAGAGAAACUGGGGCUUCACCAAGGACUCUGUGCCUCAAAGUUAAAUCAGCACCCAGAACAGCUCCAGGCCCCAGCAGAGGGGCAUUCCCACCACCACAGGGUUCUCUCCUCUUCAGAACAGAGAAGGGUGUUGAAAGAUACAGCCUACAGUCACCAAGCCAGCCCCAAGGACCACAGCUACCUUAACAAGAGCAGGCAUACCACAGGCAGGGGCGACAAGUUAGCCUUCCCACCCAGGGAACUGGAGUCCCCAGUCAGACGCCGCCAGCAUGGACCAAGGCUGGCCGGUGACUCAGGCCACCUGCGCCAUCACCCAACAUGUCCUCAAAAAUGUGUUCCCUCUGGUCAGCCAGAGUGUGCUUCUCAUGCCUUUCCUGGGGGGAAAGUGGUGCCAAAAAAAGUUCAGUUCAUGGAAGGAAAACCUGCUUCUUCUCACGUUAACAAAUCAUCUAUGUGCUAA